CACUCACAGCUCCUUCCCCUUACUCUCGCUCACAGCUAAGUGCCUUUGCUCUCUUUUUCUCUCUUCCUCCUCUCCUUUUCUUCAGUAAUUCUCAUUUAUUUUUAAGUCCCUUGAGUGGCUGCAGAGGCUGCAGUGCUGCUGAGAGAUCCAGAGAAUCAGAUAUAUUGGAAGAGGAAUGCAGCAGAAAAAUUUUGUGUAAGAGAGAGGGAGCCUGACACACACACAAACAGGGACACAGAAGAACUGUCACAAACAGCUCUCACAGAGACCAUGAGGAUCCACAUAGUGACGGCAACACAAGGAGAGAGACGGUGCCAGCUAGUACAGGCUGACAGGGACUAAAGCAAAGAACUCUAGCAUGCUGUGUGCCACAUAAUCACCCAGAGAGAAGACAGAAGGUGACAGCAAUAUCCAGAUUGUUUUUUUGUCUCAUUUCUGCACUCACUACCAGGGUCAUCACUGAAACCCUGCAGCCUGCACUGGAAGGAUCCUCAUCCCUCUUAUAAAUUCAUCUUGGGUAAGACAGAGAUAUCUUCAAGAUUGCAUCUGCCUUCAAAAAACCCGGAGAUAUUUUGAUGCGUGGAUUAAUAUAGAGAAACCCCAUUCUACAUAAGGUGCUUCUUAAAAACGGUAUCAAUGGCCAAACCCCAAUAUCUAACACUGUUUCAGUGUCACUGGGACAGAAGGCCCUUGUGAUUACAUAUCACUGUCAGUCUUGAUAUGUCACGGCCGGGUGUCCUUUUGUCAGUCAAUGGGCAUAACUUUGGUAGUCAGGGGGGCCCUCCUCGUGUCGUAGUCUGGGAGUGGCUGAAUGAACAUGGACGCUGGAGACCCUACACUGCUACUGUAUGUCACCAUAUUGAGAAUGCCCUACGAGAGGAUGGCCGGGGACGGGUGGCCUUAGGGCAAGUGGAUGCCCAGCUCACACCUUAUGUCAUCGACCUGCAAACUAUGCACCAGUACCGGCAGGACACAGGUAAUGGAACAGUCCGACCAGUAAGGCGCAACUUUUUUGAGCCAUCCUCUGCUCCAGGGAAGGGCAUAGUUUGGGAGUGGGAAAAUGAUGCAGGUUCUUGGACCCCUUAUGAUACAGAGAUAUGCAUUGCCAUCCAGAAUGCCUAUGAGAAACAGCAUCCUUAUCUGGACCUCACAACCCUUGGUUUCUGUUAUUUGGUUCAUUUCCACAGUAUGUGCCAAGUCAACCGCCAGACCCACCGUAAACGCAGGCUAAGGAGACGUAUGGACCUGGCAUAUCCACUCACCAUGGGAUCCAUACCAAAGUCCCAGUCUUGGCCUGUGGGAUCUGGAUCAGGAUUGCCCUGCUCAUGUCCUCAGUGCCUCCUUGUUAACAGUACUAGAGCAGCCUCCAAUGCCAUUUUGGCAUCCCAAAGGAUCAAGGUUUCACCUGGUCCUCCACCUGCCUUGCCUCCUCCACCCCCUCCACUAAUAUAUCCUCCUGGCUUGAGGCAAAGCAAUACUUAUAGUGGAGGAGCAGCAGGCUGGGGAAGAACAGGGGAAGGAGUGCGAUCUACAGGAGGUAUCAGAAAUGGCUCUGGAUUUUCCCGCAGCCAGAGUGUGCCGGGUACAGCACCAUAUCCAGGACAGAACAACCUUAACAGGCCAGGAGAACAGAGAACUAGUGGGAGCAGCAGCAGAGCAUCUAUUCCACCUGGUGUCCCUGCUCUCCCUGUGAAGAACCUAAAUGGUUCAGGUCCGGUGCAUCCAGCAUUGGCAGGAAUGACUGGUAUUUUAAUGUGUGCAGCAGGAUUACCUGUCUGCCUGACCAGAGCCCCCAAACCCAUUCUGCACCCACCUCCUGUCAGCAAAGAGGACAUCAAACCUGUCAGCGGCAUUAGUGGCAUCUGUCGGAAAACUAAGAAAAAACACUUGAAAAAGAGUAAGAACCCAGAAGAGGUGGUGCGCAGAUACAUACAGAAAGUAAAGUCACCUCCCGAUGAGGAUUGCACCAUCUGCAUGGAACGUCUGGUCACUGCAUCAGGUUACGAUGGAGUUCUCAGUCACAGAGGCCUUCGAGCUGAGCUGGUUGGGAAACUGGGAAAGUGCAACCACAUGUACCAUGUGCUGUGUCUGGUGGCCAUGUAUAACAAUGGGAAUAAGGAUGGUAGCUUGCAGUGUCCAACAUGUAAAGCCAUUUAUGGAGAGAAGACAGGCACACAACCUCCAGGGAAGAUGGAAUUCCAUGUCAUCCCUCACUCUCUGCCUGGGUAUUCAGAAAGUAAAACCAUACGCAUCGUAUAUGAUAUCCCAAGUGGCAUGCAGGGGCCUGAACAUCCCAACCCUGGCAAGAAGUUCACAGCCAGAGGAUUUCCACGACACUGCUAUCUACCAGAUAAUGAUAAGGGCAGAAAGGUAUUACGACUCUUGCUGGCAGCUUGGGAACGGCGAUUGAUAUUUGCUAUUGGUACCUCAAGCACGACAGGGGAAUCCAACACGGUUGUGUGGAAUGAGAUUCACCACAAGACGGAAUUUGGGUCCAACCUAACGGGCCAUGGUUACCCCGAUAACAACUAUUUGGACAAUAUUCUGGCUGAACUUCAUCGUCAGGGUGUCAUGGAGGAGAGAUCCCUUCCAUACUGAUGAUGGCACUGGUGAUGGUAGUUACAUAGCUGAGCAAAUAAAAGCCAGCAGGUGAAUAUCACAUUGCCCAUAUGCAGGAGGGUGAUUUUCUGCAAACCAGAAAUAUCCGAUUUUUUCAGGAGCUACAGUACAGGAGAAAUCUUUGUCACUAAAGGACAAUUGCAGAGAAACAUCACAAAACAAUGCAGAACAUCACUUAAUCCAAGUGGGAUGUGAAGACAAUGUCAAGAUGGGCUAAAAUCAAACACUGGCAGAGAAUAUCCACUUAUAUACAGUAUAAAGUGUUGCUAAGGAAGAAAGCAGAUGGCACACAGACAAUGGACUCAAGCUACUUAGUGCCAGAGAGUCAGAGGGUUCUACAUCAGAACAUUCACAAGGGAGGAAAAAUGAAAUAGUGCUAAGAACAUCCAGUGUUGGUUGUCAUCGCAUCACAUUUGUCUCAAGCCACAGAUUAAUGUUUGGCCCUUGCAUCUGAGCUUCCUCCCACUUCAAAGCCCAGGCCCAGUAAAGCUCCUUCUGUCCUACUUUCUGCAUGAACUGAGAAUAUGUUGGAUGAGUCUGUGUUGAAAAGGACUCUUAUCUCUAGGGGAGUAUGUAUAGCCACACCACUCUCCUUUCUGACCACUAGAUAUAUAUAUAUAAAAUACAGAGUUUCAGAAAUAAGCAAUAACACGUUAAUUUUAAACCCCUCCCCAAGAUCCACACAUAAGGUUGUGGGCAAUGCAUAUUAAAGGAACAGUAAUGCUUAGAUAUGUAUGAGUUGCUCCAAUAUGACACAUAUAUAUACUUUUCCGCAACCUGUUAAAAUGAAGAUAAGUCCUGCAUGCCCUUUCCUGCAGUUUGGAGAAACAGGAUUUUCUGCAGCUAAGGCAGUGUUUGAGUUCACUUUAUAGAAUGUUACUUGUGGUUUGGCAUUCGAUGUGGCAUAAAUGCAAGUUGAACAAUUUUUAAAGUCAUGUAUUUCUUGUGUGUUAAAAUAGCAGUUUGGAACAAUCACACUGAGAACUUUAACAUCCACCAAGCCACCAAUGGCUGAAGGGUAAGGUGUGGUUUGCCCAUGCUUGCUACAUGUAUCUUCUGUUCUGCUGUGUUUUGGAAAGUUUUAACUAUAUGUUUAAUUUGUACAACAAAAAUGUUAAUAUAAAUGUAUAUCAGUUUGAAGCUUUACUGUUCCAUUAAUGUGCAAAACUGCUAAGCUCUGUGGUCCCUCACAAAGUCUUUUCAGAAAAUAUUUAAACUUGGCCAAAACUAUAGGGUUCUCUAGCCAACACAGGCAUUAAAUUUCUCUUUGAAAAUGUGUUUUAAUUUCUGUUUUAUAUACUAAUUAAUGCUUCUGCUCCAGCAUCCAGUUCUCUAUUUUUUUCAUAAACACUUCCUGCAGAACCUGUAAAUGCUUUUGUUAACCUUUGUAACCUGGCUAUUCAUUUCCUCACCCAGAGUUGGACUGGCCUACCAAAAGUCUUGAGGCUCUCCCAGUGGGACCAGGCCAUAGUAGGCCCCUGCCUAGUACAAUGGCCAUUGAUCAUCCUUAUUUUCACUGCGAGCCUCUAUAAAAAUCUAUACUAUCUGGUACUAUAUAUAUCUAUCUGCUGACAGAGUGGCUCAAGGAUGUCAGGCUCUUUGGUGGGCUCUAGGAGUCCCAGACCUUGACUAUCCCUAUAACUCCUGCUUUAGUCCAUUGACAUGUCCUUAUCUAAAAGCAGCCAUACAAAAACAAACUUUGGGUUCUGUCAAUAAUGCCUGCUGUUGGCACCCACAUGAGCAUAUCUGAACUAAGUGGGUAGGAAAUUCUGCCCCUUUUUCCCUGCACUAUGAGACAUCAUAUAUAUUUUCUAGAAGAGGAUUAUUAGUCUGCCCAGACAUAGUGUGUUUGGAGGGAAUCAUAACACAGAAUGUGCAGACAACCUGAUGGGAAACAUGUAGAUGUUCCAGUGGUCAGACAGUAUGCCGAGGAUCAGUCAUAAGUACCCAACCAGGGUAACUGUGUUCAGAUAUGAUAUACUGUACAUCUUGAGGUUGAAAACAGAUAGCUAAAUACAUUUUUGGUCCCAUCACCCUCUGGUUUACUCACACACAAUUUUUAAAACAUAAACACGACCAAAAAAUAAUCUAUGUUGCUCAUAACGCCUCAUCUACCUCCAUAUUUACCUGCUCCAUAUGUAAAGGUAACUGCCAAAGACAACACCAACAUAACAUUACUGCCAAAUUAAAGGAAACAGUUCUUCUCUCUGUGACAUUCUCCUCAAUGGAUUGUCCUGGAAUGACACUGCUUUGCCAUACAAGCUUGAUAUUGUCAGCUAAUUCCAUGUGCAUGUCUGUCUUGCCUUGCAUAUUAUGGGCGUUGAAGACUGGGCAACUGGAACCCUCCAUUACAUUUCUGCAUUAAACCAGGCAUGAUGGGUUGGUGUUUGCUUAAUUAUCUCAGGGGCCAUACUAAAGCAUUUGCUUUUCACGUUUCCCUUCUUUUGGUAGACAAAUGUGACCUUGAAAUAUGGACUGGAUUUGCUAACAUGCAGACAAAUGCAUGUCUUCGGUAUUGCACGUAUGAAUAUCCUUGAAAGGCAAAAUAAAUUGUGCUUAUACUUUGGAGCAGUAAAGCACCCUGAAAUAAAGCAA